AUGGCCAUGACUUUUCUCACGAAAUUUGCAGCUCUCGCACUUGUUACACACGCGUGGGCGGCUAAUAUACCCAUCUCUCCCGUAACAAAUGUCAAUCAAGGGGCCAAAACGGGCUAUUUUUCGGACCCGUUCCACGUUGUUUAUCAGAACGCCAAGGACCUUUACAUCUCGGGCACCACGCACAAGUAUUUGACUUGCAGCAGUGGUGAUCUUUCCGCGGAAUGCGCUUCUUUGAACAAAAACAAAUACGAAACCAGCUCAUCAUUGAACCAAACAGCCCAUGCCGCUGGCACUACCAUCUGCGGCGCUGCUGGCAUUCACCCUUUCCAGAGCAAGGAUCGCUCGUGGGAUGCACUCGUAACGCUGCAUGUGCAAAGCAACCCUAAAUGCAAUGGAAUAUCUGGAUGGAGUGUCAUUGUUCACGCACGUUCGGAGAACCCCGGCCCUGCGGAUUUGCCACCGACAUCAUGGGUUGGCGACAAGGUGAUGAUCGGGUCCUUUUCUGAAAACGUCGACGCCAACUAUGACGGCAAGUACUUUCAGACACCCGACGGACAGCUUUAUCUUGUGUAUCAGAAACAAAAGUCCAAGAAACCAAAACGCGAUGGCGUUGCCGCAUGGCCAAUGGUUAAUCCCACAACAUUAAGACCUGGAACUAGCCCUACCUUCUUAUUGCUCCCUGGCAAAAACCUGAAAUCGGAGAAUUACGUCUCUGGCAAGGGGCACUUCAAGCUCAUUGAAACGGGCAACAUACAUGCCAUUAAUGGCAAGUUCUUCAUGGCUUACUCGGUGGGAGCGUACAAUCGGAAGACAUACAAGAUUGGCAUCGCAUACUCCGACACAUUCCUGCCCGCCCCUGGCCAACAAUACCGCAAGGUGAUGAAGAACAACCCGGAUCAUCUCUGGGACUCCAAGGGUAGAAAGGAGGUCUAUUACCUCCUUCAAGGUGAGGAGAAGCACGAUGGGUGGCAUUACAUCGGCGAUCAGGUCCUUGCGCCAGGUGUGCCGACAGUUGCUCAGAUUGGUCAUAACAAUAGCUGGGUGUUGUUAUUUGCUGGAUACAACCCUAACGACGCUCCCCUCAAGUCAGGGACGGAUAAAUUUCAGGCAAAUCACCGUCGCCCAUAUUUUACCAAAGUCAACAUUGAUAUACCUGAAAACAUUUCAGUGAAGCAGGCGACCGACGAACAACUGCGGAGCUGGAUUACUCCUAGUCAUUAA